AUGGAGUCGCUCAAUCUUGCUUUGGAGGAUAUAAUCACAGAAUGUGGUGGCUUUGGUCGGUUCCAAUACAUUGUCAUCGGCGUUGCCUUCCUCGUGAAAGUGUCAUGUGCGUGGAGCGUCCUCAUGAUGCAAUUUGCUGGCGCGUCACCAGAAUGGUGGUGUACGUGGAACACAAAUACGUCAUAUGGCUACACCGGAAACGAUAGUAAAGAGACACUCGAAGUAUGCAAGGCGCCCAAUAAUGAAUCUCUAUAUGGAAGAUGUUCCUCUUUUCGUUUUUCAUCGGAAAUAAACACAAUCGUGAAUGAGUGGGAACUCAUCUGCGAUAUGGACUGGGUAUCGUCUACAAUAACCACAAUACAGAUGGCCGGUAUGUUGGUGGCUGGUCUAUUGUCUGGGCACCUGUCAGAUACAUUCGGACGAAAACUGAACUUCUUUCUGUCCCUUGCCUUCAUGAUGGUAGGGAAUUUCCUCGCUGCUGUUUCCGUGUCGUGGCAGAUGUUUGCUGUCAUGAGAUUUGUGCUCGGGUUCGGUGCUGGACAGUUCCUAGCCACCUUGUACAUCUUCAUGAUUGAGUUCAUACCCAAGAGACAUCGAUCAAUGAUCGCAGCUCUUCCUACCUUUCCCAUCUUCGCUGCACUGUUAGCCCUGGUCUCAUACCUGCUGAAAGACUGGAGACACCUUCAUUACCUAACAGCUGCUAUAACAUUACCAUCAUUUCUGGGUAUUUUUGUAAUCCCAGAAAGUUUUCGAUGGCUGGCCUCCCGCUUCAAGAUUAAAGAAGCUGAAAAUGUCAUUAAAAAGAUCGCAGAUAUAAACGGCCGUCCCUGUCCAGAUAUGGACAGAGUUAGACUGGCUCUGAGCAGCAAAAACAGACUAAAAGAACGGAAAUAUUCCAUCAUUGAUAUAUUUAGAGAAAAAUAUCUACUUAAAAGGACAUUGUUACUUUGGUUUUGUUGGUUAGCCUGCGGAUUUUCCUACUAUGGCCUCGCUUUCGGUGUUGGACAACUUUCUGGGAGUUUGUAUAUUAACAUGUUUUUCUUAUCUGCAGUGGAGGUACCUGGUACCUUCAGCACUUGGUGUCUUACCAACCAAUUUGGUCGUCGAUGGACAGCUUUAGUACUGCUUUUGUUAUCAGGAGUAGCUGGAAUAGCAACUGCAACCUUUCAGAAUCUUGGCAAGUAUAAGUGA